GCCACUAGAGGAGCUGUGCACCCUGUGUCCACCGGGGGGCGCUGGUAGGCAGGCGCACAGACUGUGUGGAGGGAGGGGGCGCUCGAGAGCCACACGCUGAAGAACUUGGUGUCUGUCACUGGCGGAGGAAGCCAUGGACAGCGAUGAUGAAAACGUGGAGGAGACGGUGGAAGGCCAACUGGAUGAUGACGGCUUGCCCCAUGGGCUCUGUACUGUAAGUUACAGCUCCACAGACCGCUUUGAGGGACACUUUGUACAUGGGGAAAAAAACGGUCGUGGGAAAUUCUAUUUCUUUGAUGGAAGUACUUUGGAAGGCUUCUAUGUUGAUGAUGCUUUACAAGGACAAGGGGUAUACACUUAUGAGGAUGGUGGGGCUCUGCACGGUACAUACGUUGAUGGAGAACUGAACGGGCCGGCGCAAGAAUAUGACUCAGAUGGAAAAUUAAUAUUUAAAGGUCAAUACGGGGACAACAUACAACACGGAGUCUGUUGGAUUUACUAUCCAGAUGGAGGAAGCCUUGUGGGUGAAGUAAAUGAAGAUGGAGAGAUGACUGGUGAGAAAAUUGCUUAUGUUUACCCAGAUGAAAAGACUGCCUUGUACGGAAAGUUUAUUGAUGGAGAAAUGUUGGAGGGAAAAUUGGCUGCAUUGAUAUCUGUGGAGGAAGGAAAGCCAUACUUUGAGAUUGUCCCUGGCAGUAACGUUUAUACAUUUGAUAAAUCUUCUCCAUCCUGUAUUUCUACAAGUCCUUUGCUUCCAGAUCCUUAUGAAUCAGAAAGAGUGUAUGUAGCAAUUUCUAUGAUUUCCAAUGCUGGAGAAGGUCUAUAUGCUAAAAUAAGUAUAGGCCCUAAUACUGUGAUGUCAUUUUAUAAUGGUGUGCGGAUUACACAUCAAGAGGUUGACAGUAGAGACUGGUCGUUAAAUGGCAACACAAUUUCUUUAGAUGAUGAAACUGUGAUUGAUGUACCAGAUCCUUACAAUAUAACUACCACAUAUUGUGCUUCCUUGGGACAUAAGGCCAACCAUUCUUUUUCUCCGAACUGUAUUUACGACAUGUUUGUCCAUCCAAGAUUCGGACCUAUCAAGUGUGUCCGAACCAUCAAGGCAGUGGAAAAGGAUGAAGAACUUACUGUGGCCUAUGGCUACGACCACAACUCAGCAGGGAAAAAUGGCCUAGAGGCACCAGAAUGGUAUCAGCAGCAGCUAAUGGAGUUUCAGCAGAAGUGAAGAACCACACUUUUUUUCUUCUGUGCUUCGGGUAACUGGAUCUGUGCAUUCUGUUUCUACUGAAGGUUUCUGGACGUUUAGGGGGCCUCUCAGAAUCACUGUAGACUAAUCUCCAUCUUGUCAUGUUACUAGUUAUUAUUAAACUUGUACUCAGAAUACACAUUAGCUUUGUGACUAUGUCCUACACUUUAAAAAUGCUAAAGCUAUUUUAUUAUUAGGCAAAUAUUGCGAGGCUUGGUAGGUAUUUUAUAAUUUUUACAUUUUAUAGGCAUCAGAAAGCCAGAGGGGAAAUAGGGCAUACAUAUUAGGACCCAAAAUAUGUUUUGUUUUUUAUGUAUAUGCCAUUGAGAUGGUUACAAAGCAACUUCAUUUUAAAUUUGUGCAAUAAACUAGCAUCUUACAUGCAAACUAGAGAAGGCAAAGGGUAUUUGUUGUCUUUAAUACAAUGUGAUAUUUUCUAUCUACUUAGGGAAAAAAACUGAAUAAAAUAAAGCCUCGAUAGGAUUUAGUUUUAGGAUAAAUCAGUCUGUGGUACAACUGCCCUUGCAGGUAUGGGAAACUGAGAACUUUUGGUAUACGUUUUGUAUCAUAUAAUGUACUGUGUUGUGUAUUACAUAAUCUCUGGAGCGCCAGUGCAUUUGUGAAUGUACGUGGCUAGAAAUACCAGACCAACAUGUGAGUUUUCUGUAAGACUCUGUUCACCUCACAUCAGGGCAAUGUGUCUGGAGUAUUCCUCAACUGGUAUCCCUGAUAUAUGGCUCUACAGAAGUAUAAUGUACGGUAUAUUGGCUACACUUUUUUUUUUUUUUUUUUUUUUUUUUUUGCAGUAUCCCAUUGUAUAGGAAAGCACAUUCUGACAGAGUUAAGAAAAAAUUAUUUCACCAAGGGGACACUUAUUUGGCCUCCCAGUAGGUGAAUGAGUGUUCUAUUGCUUUGUUUGGCAUAUACACAUGGACCUUCCCGGCACAUAAACAUGUUCCCAUAAUGUGAUGUGAACACAGCCUAAAAUUAUUUUCUAACGUACUGAUCUCUUAGUGAUGCAUAUGUAAUGAAGACAUUUUUAUUUUAUUUUUUUUCUUGAUGUGAAUUAAUUUUUCUUGUCCUUCAACUGACUGUGAGCGUAAGAACAUAUCCAUAGUGUCUCAUGGACCUGAACGAAAGUGUCCAGUAUAUAUUUUAACUGUUUAGUAAAAAGAAGUUUGUUGUUAUCUCCUAUACAGUGGGCCACUGGAAAAAAAAAAAUAGUUUUUGGUUGUUCCUUUGCAUGAGACAUGUCACUGUGUGCCAUAUACCAGGAGAUUUCUCUGCUGUAUGUGCCUAAACGUAAAUCCCAAAUGCGAUGUGAACAGAGCAUUAGACAGGGGGAUUCAAAAAGAAUGGUGCAAAUUUAUAGCCUCUGUAUUCAGAACUGAGAGAACGUAACAAGAAUUUAUUAACCAGAAAAGACCCACUGUCUACCCAAGUUUUAUCUGUACUCUAUAUGGUUUCCACUUUUUCCAUAAUGUGUUGUCUCAGGUUCUUGUGAGGGGCAUAUACCCUGAGUUCUUGAUAUAGCCCCUCAGAAUAAUUUGCAGGUAGUUAGAUCUGUAAUCACGGAGGCCAGCGCAACAUUAGUGAAUUGUUUAAUCCGACGUGGCCGAGGCUCCGGCAGAGUUUCAUUCAGGUAACGGUGCACAUCCAACUGGAAAUGAGGAGAGGCAUCAGCCUGCUGAUAGACUACAUCUUGGCAAAUCUUAAUCUGUCUGCAGCAUAAGCUAUUUUCUUAACAUAACGGGUAGGAGUGGCCAAUGACCUUAUCCUUG